AUGAGUUUUCAAGAUAUAGAAGCUGGAAAAGGAAGAUCGAGGAAAUUCAACGGUGGCCGGCAAGAUUCGACGCAAGCCGUCGCCUCCGGCAUUUUCCAGAUCAACACCGGAGUUUCGACAUUUCAGCGACUCGUUAACACACUAGGAACUCCCAAAGAUACACCGGAGCUCCGGGAGAAGCUGCACAAGACACGAUUGCAUAUUGGACAGCUUGUCAAGGAUACUUCUGCUAAGCUUAAAGAAGCUAGUGAAACUGAUCAUCAAAGUGGUGUCAAUCCAAGCAAGAAGAUUGCAGAUGCAAAGCUUGCAAAGGACUUUCAAGCUGUACUAAAAGAGUUUCAGAAAGCUCAACAAACCGCAGCUGAAAGAGAAACCGCUUAUACUCCUUUCGUUCCUCAAUCCUCUCUUCCUCCUAGAGAUACAGCGAGUGAGGUGGAUAAGGUCCCAGAACAGAGAGCUCAGGUUGUGGAGUCAAGAAGACAGGAGCUUGUAUUGUUAGACAACGAGAUUGCGUUCAACGAGGCUGUGAUCGAGGAGAGAGAGCAAGGAAUACAAGAAAUCCAUUCUCAAAUCGGCGAGGUUAAUGAGAUAUUCAAAGAUCUUGCGGUUCUUGUUAACGAUCAAGGAAUCAUGAUAGAUGAUAUCGGCACUCACAUUGAUAACUCCCGUGCUGCAACUUCACAAGGGAAGUCCCAGCUCGCACAAGCCGCCAAAACACAAAAAUCAAACUCAUCUCUGACAUGUUUGCUCUUGGUGAUAUUUGGCAUUGUACUCCUGAUCGUGAUUAUAGUACUUGCAGCUUGA